AUGAGUGAUUUGAAACGAAAAGAACCUUCAGCAUCUUCAUCAUCAUCAUCAUCGGGAUCAACCUCGAAUAAUACAUCCAAUGCCCCAACGUUCAAAAAGAGAAAACAAUACAUUCCAUUGGAAGGAACAUUAAAUGCUUCGGGCGCUGAUCAAAAAGUUUGGCUUGUUAAAAUUCCAGAAUUUAUCGAUCUUUCAAAAUACAAAGAUGAAGAAACCAUGGGAACCGUACUCAUCGAAGAAAAUACCUUAACCAAACAAACAAAUUUAUCUCUUAACAUUAAUCC